GCGCCAGUCAAGUAGUCUUGAGCCACAUGUCAUGUCCCUUUUCAGUAAGUUACUAAAAGACCUUAGCAUCCAGCACAGAUUCUAAAUGCUUCAGAGGAUUCUGCUUGCCAGUUUAUCCACCAUAUCAUCCCCCAAGUGAUUCAUGAACAUAAAAAUAGGAGCACCAAAAUACUUAAGCAGUGGUAAUCCAAACUGAACUCACAUAACAAAACAGAGAUCAAAAAAUUAAGCAAGUUGAGCCUUUAAUCAAGAAAGCAUUUGGAUUAUCCAUUGUGAUAAAAUACAUUUUUUGCUAUGAGGACUCCUUUGCUAAGAAGCCCUGAUACGCUACAAGUCAACAUUCUUAACUGUGAUGUAGAAGAGAGAAAUGUUGCCAAGAAGGAAAAUUUCUCUAUGCUUUGGGAGGAUCUGACUAUGGAAAUAAGGCGGCAAGAGAGGACAACGCUGCUGGAAUGGAAUAGCUUCCACCGUGAGAAAUAUGAAAAACAACAGCAGGACACCAUUCUUGUGCAGAGAUCUCCUAGCUUGAAGAUACAGAUGGGCAGACUGGGAGAAAAGAUGAAAGUGUACCGCCUUCCGUACAAGAAUGUGCUUCCUGUACCUUUGUUUAAACCAAGCAAAUUACCAAGCAAACAUAAUUAUGCACCUGAAGGAUGUCAAGCCAGAAAUGGCUCUGCUUCUGAAAAAGAGGCAAUCAGACAAAUGGCAGAAGGUCCUCAGUCCACCAAACCAGGUUUCCAGAUUUCCAGCCUUCUACCCCAACAAAAUAUCUGGUGCCCAACAAUGCAUUAAUUGCUUUUGUUGCAUCCUAGCUAGGGUUUUCAAAUUACUUUCUAGCUUGUGGCUUUAAAAAUAUUACAUAGUGCUAGGAAUGCCACACUCAAGCUCAGUGUUACCUUUAAGAGUUCCUUCCACAUGGGUCCUCAUCUAGCCCUGACCUAGUCAAGAGCGACCUCAUGACAAUGUGGAUCAAAACUGAAUCCAAACAAUUCCAUUGAUGCAUUUGAGGGAAAUGUUUCGCUGGUGCUCUUCACAUCUCUGGGUGCUUUUGGAAAGUGGCCUGCUUAUCUGAGAAAACACAGCACUGUGUGCAUUAUCCCUGAAGGGUUUCCUCCAAAUAAAAAAAUAAAAAAAAUACAGAACUGAUCGUUAUUCAAGCUGAAAGAGCACUGAAAUAGGAACAGAAAGCAUAGUGGGAUGAUUACAUUAUCAACGCAGCAUGGGAUGAUGGCUUGGAAAUAGAAACAUUCUGUGAUAUACAAAAAAUUAGGCUGUGGAACUUAGGGUAUUUACAAGAAAAUGAGAUGCAGAGGUUAAAGCAGUCCUAAGGAGAUGCCCCAGUAUACAGGCCAAACAUAGACUAAGGGUGCAGCCGAUAAAAGGGGACUGUUACAAGAGAUCCAUUACAGUGGCCAACAGUAUAAAUAAAAGCAUAUUUGCAACUUCUCUAGUUUACACUAGGGAUUGUCUGGCAUCUGGGUUGUCAAAUAAAUCAAGC